CCGUGUAGCAUGAGAUCCUCGCAGUGUCGAAUCCCGCCGGUCGUCUCGUUGUUCUUUUCCGUAAUCGUUGUCGACUCCCUUCAAUCGUCACCCUUGAACGCACGCACUGCCGAAUACACGCGUGUGCGUCAACCGCUUCCGGUUUCCCCAAAACUGUGCGCGACACGAACAAACAUUUCGAUUCUCUCGCUCGAUUUUUCUGCCUGCCCGACCACGUGACACGCUCUCGUACGUUACGGCACCGUACAAUCAUAAAAGUGUUAGUUCCGUGAGUUCCGUCGCGCGACAAGAACAUUCCGAAGACAAGGUUCACAGUGAAUCGAUCGAUCAUCGUCCUUUUAACCUGUACUUACAAACAGUAGUUGUUCGUCUUUCUCUCGUGGAAAGAGUAAGAAGCGUAGUGAGAGACCGGUGGAUUCAGAUAUCGUACGCAGUGAAGGUUGUCCCGAUCAUGGAGGAGAUGAAUCGUAACGUCGAGAACCGAUUACCAGAACAACAAAAGGAAAUGGAGAUUCGUUCUGGGGACGUAACAAAGGACGAGCCGACACCGAGGAAGGAGACGAGCAAAUCCGUCGUCGAUCCCGGCCACGUUCUACCUCUGAUGCAGUGUGGCUCCCUGGAGAUCGGCGAGGAACGCCAGCGUCGGGUCGCUAUGAUGGAGUCCCUGUGCCAGGUGAACGGCACCAAGAGCAACGGCGGCAACGAGAACACUACGACCAAUAGCAACAACAAUAACAACAACAACCCAGACUGCCCGGAUCCUCAGCAGAGGUUGGCGGUGCUGAGUUUCGAGCAAGUGCGACGAUUGAACGAUGUGAUGAACGAGGUGGUGUGCAUUCACGGUAGAGGAAACUUCCCUACGUUGGAGGUGCGAUUAAGGGACCUGGUGACCGUGGUACGGAGCAAAUUGGAGACCGAUCCGAGCAACGGCGGCGCCGGAAUGAGGGUACGCGAUAUAAGAUUAAACGGAGGCGCGGCAUCUCACGUAUUGGCAACCGAGUCUCAGCCGUACAACGACCUGGACCUUAUAUUCGCCGUGGAAUUAUCGAGCGGGCGAAAUUACGACAAGGUGAAGGCCGCGGUUCUCGGCUCGUUGUUCGACCUGUUGCCAGAAGGGGUCAGCCGCAAACGUAUAACCACGUGCAGCCUGAAAGAGGCGUACGUGAGCAAGAUGGUGAAAGUGAACAACGACGGUGACAGAUGGUCCCUGAUCUCCCUUGGCAAUUCCCGAGGUCACAGGAACGUCGAGCUUAAGUUCGUCGACACGAUGAGGCGGCAAUUCGAGUUCUCCGUCGACUCAUUUCAGAUCGUCCUCGAUUCUCUAUUGUUGUUCUACGAGUGCAGCAAAUUACCGAUCGGUGAGAAUUUCUAUCCGACCGUCGUAGGGGAGUCGGUUUACGGUGACUUCCAAGAGGCGUUGUAUCAUCUUCACAAGAAACUGAUCUCGACGAGGCACCCGGAAGAGAUACGCGGCGGCGGUUUGCUCAAGUACUGCAAUCUACUGGUGAAGAUGUACAAACCGUCCCAGCCCGACUACAUAAAGACCCUCGAGCGAUACAUGUGCUCGAGAUUCUUCAUCGACUUUCCCGAUAUAAGCCAGCAACGAGCGAAACUCGAGAACUACCUGUGGAACCAUUUCGUCGGGCCCGAGGAGGAGGCCCUCAAGUAUCAGUACCUGAUGCUACUCCACAGCGUGGUGGAGGAGUCCACCGUGUGCCUGAUGGGACACGAGAGACGACAGACCUUGGCUCUGAUCGAGAGCCUCGCCUAUCAGGUAUUCUGUCAGGAACAACAGCAACGGUUGACGAAUCAUCAACAAGCACCACCCGGACCUCCGGCCACCUACGUUUACGCGAACGGUUACUAUUACGCUCCAGUUAUACCCACCGCGUGCUACACGUGCACCUGUAACUCGUGGAUGGCUUGCUCGUCGUGAUGCGACCUAGACGACAUCGUCGCAACUAGCACCGCCAUCACCACCGCUACGACCACCACCGACCUUCAACGCCACGCUUCCACCAUCCUCGCUAACAAAACCCGGACCCGGAUCGAGUCUACCGCGUUCGUUGGCCAAUAUCAUCAUCAUCCUCGAUCAGGCUACCAUAGAUGCGACCCGGCUGAUCCCGUUGGCUCGUCCCCUCUUGGGGAUCACGAGGACGACGACGACGACGACGACCACGACGUACGUCGUCGCGAGUCAAAGGAACGCUGCUUGCUCCUCAGUUGACGGUCGGGGACCACAUCAGGUCGAGCAUCCAAAUGUGUAAUGCCUGUCCAGAGUGUGACGUAGACGAGAUAACUCGUCGGAAUUAAUGGGAAUGGAGCCAAUCAGAGAUCGUGGUACAUCCGGUGUCCAUGAGGAGUCGGUGAAACAGGUUUAAGGAAGACUGAAGAAUAGAGGGAAAGAAAAGAAUUAAACGGGACGGAUCGGUUUUCAAUCUAACUUUACCAGCUGAUCCGUCCGGUGGGUAGGGUCUUUUCGUUUCUCUUGGACGCGUUUAAAUCCAACUCUGCGGUGGCCGUUUAGUUGUCGCGCGGGGGUAAGGACCAAUUACCGAUGGCACUUGCUGCAACACGGUCGUAGGGGAUCAACCGAGAGACUACAAGACUCCAAAAACAAAAAACAUAUAUUACAAAAGAAAUGAUUAAAAUGACAAAAAAAAGAAAAAAAAAUGAAAAAUGAAUACAAUUGUAACAAAAAUGUGUUGUGCCUAAUGAAAUUCGAACGGAUGGUAGAGAAAGAUAUAAAGGAAAAAAAAAAAACGGAACGCAUGCGUACGCGCGAAAAUUAUGAUAUAUAGUUAGUUUACGAGAGGAGACACUCGGUGGUAGUAGAAGAGACGCGCUGUUCUCGGUGCGGGUCGCGGACGGGAGCCGUUUAUUGUUCCCCGAGAAUGAUAGAAAAAGUGUUCUGAGAGUCAGGAGCGCGGACCGAGCGCUACCUCUUGCCGGUUAAUCCGUUCUCCAAGUCAUUCCGAGCGGAAGCGGAAGUUCGGUUACGAAGCGGGAGCGAGCGUUUAAAAGAAAAUAUAAUAUUGUCGAUGAGUAGAAAACGCCGGCGACGAGGGAGAAAAAUAAAAAAUCGUAGGGCGACUAUUGGAAACACGACUGGAGUUAAAUCACGACUGACAUUUAUAGUAGCGAAAAAAAGGUUCCAUGGUCGUCUAUUUCUUUUUUUCCGUAAUACAAAAAAGUAAAAUACAAAAAAAACAUAUAUAUAUAUAUAUAAAAAAGAAAAAUAUUUCGAAAACGUGUAACUGAGAGAAAAUAAUGGUAGUGGUAACACAGAUUUCAGCAACAACAAAAAAAAAAGUAAUCAAGCGAACCGAUAGACAAAAAACAUUAACGGGCGUGGCGUUUGCAACAAGAAUUAUUAUAAAUAUAUAAAUAUAUAUAUAUAUUUAAAUAUAUAAAUACAUGUAUAAAAUCUAUGUAUAAAUAUUAAUGUGUGGCUGUGAACACAUUUCAUUUAGAUACUACUGUUACGUGAUAUAGGAAGAUUGAAAUUCGAGGAUGAGCAGCGCGAUUGGUGCGACAACGAGAGAAUGAAAAGUAAUUGUACGUAAAUAGAGAGAGAGAGAGAGAGAGAGAGAGAGAGAGAAAAGUAAGAGCGACAGAAAAGGAACAGAAAAGUGUGGAGGAGAAGAAAUAGGGGGUGAGAGAGACAUUUUCCAUUCGUUUCUUUAAUUUUCAUGAAAAACAAUCAUCACACACGCGAUGCAAAAAAAAAUCAUAGUAGAAUAUUGAAAUAAUAAAUAAAUAUUGUUAAAUAGAUAGAAGAUGAUCCAGGCACAAAGGACAAACGAAAAACACCUCUCGAAGGUGGACAAUUUUUUUAAUAAGGAAAAUUCCUCAGCUGUCUCUUGAGAUUUUAAUAAGCCUUUGCAUUUUAAUAAAUCAGAUUGUUAGGAAUUCCUAUGCAUAAUUUUGGGUGUAGAUGAUUGCUAGUUUAGAAGAUAUUUAGUGAUGAAGUCCAAAUAGGGUUUAUCUAUCAUACUAUGAUAUAAUAUAUCAUAUUAUAAUAGAAUCUUCCAACACUAGUACCAAUAGAGUUUACUUACCAUAUUAUUUAUGAUAUUAUCAUAAUAUCAUAUUAUAAUACUUCCCUUUGACCCUAGAAAUUACAAAAUUACAUUUUCAUUAUUUUCUAUAUUCAGUCGCUCCUUUAUUGAAAAUCUACAAUCAGAGUAAAUAAAUCUUAUCAAAACUUUAACAUUAGAUAUUUUUUAGCUAUUGAUCAUCUAUAUCAAAAAUUACACACAGGUUGCACAAGAUUCUCUAUGACACCAUCUAUUAAGGUGCAAAAGCUCAUUAACCCUUUUCCUGAAAAGAAGGUAUGGAAAAUUAAGGAAUAUUAAAAAAUUUCUAAAAUUGAUUGAACACCCAAGAGCGGACUCCUAAGCGUCCAUAGCCAUCGCUAGCAAUGAAAGGGUUAAAAUCGAAGGGGUGACAUUUGAAUAGACAUAAAUCUCUUUAAGAGAUACCCAAAUCGAGCGAUCUUUGCGGCGACCCUAGUCUCUCGUAGGCUUGCAUAACUUUCUUUAUUAGAUAGCGGUAAUUAUUUAAUACCGCGAGCGAGAGUGUUGAGUGCGUUUACCCGCGCGCGAGUACACGCGUGUACCAGGCGUAUUGUAUCUCGGUAUACACCGCGAACGGAGGUGGACUGUGUGUAUCUCCCUCGAGCGUUCUUCGUUACACGUACACGUGUGCGCGCGCAUGAAGAAUCAUAGAGAGAAAGGAUGUAUGCAAGUACUCGGGUCUUGUCUUUACAUGCGUGUCCGUAUAGACUGGUGACCCCGUUAGUUAGGCACAGUCAGUCACUUUACUCGCUCGCUCGCUACUUUAGCAGGCCUCGCUCGCUCACUCUUCCUUUCAGUUUGCAAGCGAAAGUAAAGGCCUAAUAAAAAGACCACGCAAACUGGUUUUUCUGGUAUAUCGCGUGUUAAUGCUAAGGAGAGCCAGGACGACUAGCGUGUUCUGCACCCGGUGCACCUCCACCAUCCUGCUCAUUCCCUAACUACACCACCACCACCACCACCACCACCCUCUUUUAAACCGGCUGAUUUAUCCAUUUCGUUCCCAAAUUAUUUCUAUGAAAAUUAUCUUCUUCUUCUGCUUCUUCUGCUGUUCAAAGAGAUUUUAAUCAUUCCGUUAGCGUGAAUAAUAAAUUUUUAUCUUUUUAAAAUAUUUUAUUUUCAAAAGUAUAGUAUUAAAUACAGCUAUGAUAUAUUUUAUAAUUUUCAAACCUGUUAACCAUUUAUUAUUUUCCAACAAUACCUAUUUUUAUCGAUAACCUUUUAAUUAGAGCGCGUGGUUAUGUCACUGAAAGGGGAACGAAAAUGUCAAUCCCUUUGAAUAUAAUACAGAAUUUCGCUUUUCUUCGCCGAGAUUGGUUCUUCGCCUGGUUUGUAUUCAGAAUUCUAUUAGUCGGCCGCUAAUUACCCCCCACAGCAGUCAACGUGUUAAUUGGUACUAGAAUCAUUGUCUUUUUUUUAAUAUAGCUGACAGGAUUACGAUCUAUAUGGUGUUAACCCUUUAACCAAACAGAUUUAUUAAACUCGUGUUCUUUUAUCAAUGUGUUAUAUCUUUUACAGUCUAUAUAGAAUUUUUUAAUCUUUCUUUAGAAGAAUUUCCUUGAUGGUUGAAGGGUUAAAUCGGAUGGUUUUCAAACAGAUUUCAUCAAUUUUAAUCGUGUCGCUCGCCUCUCUUCGAAUCGAACCUUUUUUUUACGGACGAUGAAUUAAUUUUUAGAUGAAAAUGAUAAAUACGAUCGAUGAUGAGAAACCGCUGUGAAUUCGUAGGAUAGCAGGAGGAAAAUGAUAUUUUAUAACGAAAGGGAAUAAUUCAGAGAUAGCCGGUUUUAAUCGCAAGCUACAGAUAUUGUCAUAAAUGUUCGUUCGUCGUUUGUUUAUCGAUGAUCCUUCAUGAUUUUUUGUCGUUCGUUUUGCCUGGAUGAUCGAUCAUCGUGCGAAGAUAAUAACAGACCGGUCGCCAGUUUAUCGCGACUAAUUUCUUGAUCAGAGAUAGAUAAGCCUCGGACUGAUUGAGAUGCUUCUUUGAUAAGAAGAUUGAUCAUUCUUCCUUCGAAUUAUCAUUGUUCUUGAAUCAAAUGAAGCGUUAUUUGAUGACGUCAGGUUCCUUUUGAUCGGUGAAUUCUUCCGGAAUUAUUGAACAGUCGGGGUUGAAAUUGUUUCUCAUUAAUUAUUAUAUUAAUUUUUUUAUUUGAGAGUGUGAUUAGAUUAUUUAUGAUACUUUGCAAUUUUUAUUAAUGAAAAGUUCUGUGCAUUCAUUUCAUUGACUCUGGUGGGAUAUUAAUUGCAAAAUUCUAAUUAAUGUCAUGUGUCAUUUAACUGAACGGGGUAUUCCAAGACCCCUCUAUAUAAUUAUAGGUUCUUUUUCUUCAUUUCUCUGAAUUAAUUUCUCUGAUAACUUAGGGGAUGAAAACUAAUCUCAGCCAUUAUCUUAUCAUUAACACGUUGACUGUCACAGUGUAUUAAUCAUCAAUUCACAUCACCUAUAGAGUUAGUUUUAAAUAUCUUCAGAGAAAUGAAUUUCUUAUUACAGCCUCAAAAUCACCCUCUGAAUUGUAAUCAAGGAAAUUAAUUUCACCUCGUUGACGUUCGUUUCUCGCGUUGAAUUCCACAUUCAUCCUCGAAACGAGAUUCUAAUUGAAACACGGCAAUUCGAAAAUUGUUAAAAAAAAAUCGAUAAACGAUCAGAUGAUCGAACGACGAACAAGCAGAAAAAUUUUGCGAAACGACUUAGAUGAACACGAAAAGAGAAGUAGUUGCACACGGAUAAAAAUUGAAGAAAAUUCCAAAAAAAAAAAAAAAAAAAAAAAAUAGCAGUAGGUUUUUAAGUCGGUGAGCCAAGAUUCAAAGAGGAUUUCGCCAGCUGCGUUCCGUCGCGUGUGUACAAAUUUAUUGUAAUUUUCGCGUCGUUUAAUUGUAAUUAUCGUACGAGAGCGUGAUCGAUGACCGUAAUCAUCGAUCAAUGAACCGCAGGUAAAUCAGAGUCACGAAAUAAUGAUUUUAAAGAAACAAAAUUGUUGGAAGGUGUUCUCGUUACGAUCUACAAUGACAAAACUGUAAGAUGAUUUCGAAUCGGAUCGUUAACGAGAUCAUCGUUAUUCCUUCUUUAUUAAUUCUAGUUUUUUUUUCUCUUUUUUGUUGUUUUUCCGUAUUGAUCGCACGAGCAAUCACUCCGAGGCUCGAACGUGAAUAAUAACCAUAAAAAAGAAAAAUUACGCUCGCCACAGGAAGUUUUCUUUUUUUUUUUUGGUACGAUGAUUCCGCGCGACACUGUACUCGCUCCGAUGAAUGAUUAUAUUGAUUCUUUUUUAUAUUUGAAAGAGAAGAGAAAAUAAAAUGCAUUUACACUCGACGCUAUGGUUAUUAUUCAGUGGUUGAAAAGGAUUCUGCAAGAGUUCUCCUAUCACUGAUUAUUACGACGAUCGAUUGGAUUUUUUAUUAUUAUCAUUCUUUUUUCUUUUACUUUUGAAUGUUUGAUGAUAGAAAAUAAAAAAUAAAAUGGAGGGAUGCGUGAUGGGAGACAAAGGAACGCAAAUACAUAUGUCUAAUACACUUUGGGAAAUAAUAUUUUACUGAUACUUAUGGCUGAAAAUUAUUAUUCUUAAAUAAUUUUCAUUGAAAUAUUAUGAGAAGCAUAAAAUUGAAAAAAUCAUAGAUUCCAUAAAAUGUGGAGCCUUCAGAGUGUUAAGUAUUAUUUUUCUUAUCUUUAAACGAAUACCGGGUUAAUUUUAAUAGAAUUUUGAAAUUUUCCUUUAAAUUAGGAUUCUUUGGUUGCUACUUUUCGAAUAAAUAAGUGAGUAUAUAUAAUAAUUCAAGAGACGACUGAUCGACCACUUUGGUGGCAAACUUUCAUUUUUGAUGGAUAAAUAUAUACAUAUAUAUUCUUUGAGACGAAACUUUAAGAAAUUUAGUGUAGCCAUUAAAAUACUGUAACUUUUGAAUCUAGAUUUAAGGGAACGAUUCAGAAUUUUUCGAGCAGAAGACUAAAAUUGCAUUAAUAACAUAAGUAAAGAAGAAGGAUACGAAGAUUAAUUAAAACCUAAAUCAAAAAAAUAUAAUCGACUAAUGUUAAGAUAUUGCGAAACAAGGUUUCCAUCCCUCGUGGAUUCUUUCACCCUUGAACGAUGGUGGUCGGGUCGAUUAUGACCGAAAUUAAAAUUAACCAUCCGCUAAAAAAUAAUUCCACCAUCCGAGGGUUGAAUAAGGAAAUUUGAAAUUCUUUGAUUUUCCAUCAGGUCAUCUUUCGUCGUCGAUUCACUGAUCGCCCGUAGAUUCGCCGAUUCCGCUUCUGCAUCAAACGAAAUUAACUAGGAAUUUAGGCAUACACGUCCAUUUUAUUCAUCCGUGUACACUUCCAUUCUAUUUUAAUACGAAUACCAGCGAGACUGUCUCCUCCGUUCACCUAGAAGAUAAAUUAAGAAAAGUGACCCUUCUUCGGAUCCUCGGAUUUUCGGAGGCCAUUAUUACAAGUAGAGAAGAAAGAAAAAAUGAAAAAUAUCAAACACUAUAAAUAUUUCUCCGCAGUUAUUUAAUAAUAAUUAAUUCGAUUCGUGGACGAAAAUUGUCCGAUUUUUAAAAAUUAUAUUUUUCAAUUUAUUUAACGCUGAAUUGCAUAGAUUUUCAGGUAAUUGUUAAAGUAUUAUUCGUAAAUCGAAGAAGGGUUAAAACAUCAUUGUAAAAGUACUGGAUCCCCUGAAGAUCGUCUGGAUCCUCGAAAGAAUCAAACAGGAAGCGAAAGCCUACGAAACGAAGAGAAAAAAAUUUCCAAGUCGCGUAUCUUCGUUCGAUUUUGAGAAGAAUAGAUAAAAAAAAAGAACGAUUCGUUGUCGAAAUAUCGAAGCUCGGACAGACUGAUCGCAGAUACUCGAUAAGCUGUACAAACGCGACGUUCUAUUCUGAUUAGGCUAAGCUUAACGAUAACAAAUGAUGGCAUAGAAAAAUCCAAGCGUAGAAAUGUUAGAUAUAGAAAUUUCCUAAAAUCGAGGAUCAAAAAAUAAAAAGAUCAACCGAGGAUCAAACUUUGAAGUUCAUCGCGAAAUUGUCGAUAAUUAAUUAGCAUUUUAAAAAUUUCGCUUAUUUUUAUCUUUUUUAAAUAUAUACGUGAAAUACGGGAAUUUGAUUUAAUUGCAGAUCAAAAAUUUUCAAAAAUGAUAAAUAUAAAUGAUUAAAACCAUGUUGGUACUUUAAUCAUAGUGUUCUUCAAAUCGUUUUCAAUUAUAAUUGCAAAACUUGAAAACGUUAUAUUAUUAAUUUAUUUGAAUAGAAUUAUAUCAUUAUAAUUAAUUUCUUAUAAUUAUAUCAUUAGCCCCUUUUUUUCUUUUCUUGAUUUGAUACACUUUCUAACGAAGGCUGAUUGUAUUUCACGAUAAAUGCUUUGAGGAUUUGAUUUCGAAUCCUCUGGAGAAGAAUAGAUAUCCUCGAUUAGAAAAGGAACUCGCGAGAUCCCGAACUCUCGCGCCACAAUCCUCGUCUAUUUGAAAUAAUCGCGCAGAUUUUAACGAUUAAGAAUAAUCAGAGCGUUUCGUAGUCCUCUCGUGUCCGAUGAAUUCUACUUGAAAAAAAAAAAAAAAAUGCUACUUUGGAUGCGCAUUUUGCUUCGUUGCAUUAACAAAAGCAAAAUGAAAUUGAAGAAGAUUUAAUGGCAUCCCAGAUCUCAAAAUUCGGGACACGAAGGGCUCGCGAACCCAGCGUUUUUACCAUUUACGAAUUAGCGUCGUAUUAGAAUCAUUUAGCUGUCAUUCCUUCGCGGAUCCUCGGUGAUGCCAGAUUCUCUCGCUAUUCCUUUUGUACCAAAAGAUCAGUAUUCGUUUGCUGAUUAAUUGUUUUCAAAAAAAGAAGAAGAAAUGAAAAAUAACAAAAAAAGAAUAAAUAGAAAUUUUUCUCGGAUGUUUACAAGCAUUUCCAAUCUGGCAUCACGCGAAGAGGAAGUGCACACGUACAUAAGGGUAUUGAAACACCAAUAUAUUCGUAAUUAAUCUUCGCUAAUUAAACAACUUUCCCACUCGCUCAAAAUUGUCAAA